GAUCGCGAUGCCCCAGCUUGAGUUUAUCUUUCCCAACUCACUCCAACACUACGGUUGAUCAAUAUCCCGCUUCCAAAAAACACACUGAAUCACAAAAACCUGCAAAAAUCGGCCUCAUGUCUUCCACAGUAACCGUCCAGCCGAUCCCUUCUCCCGAGGGAUCCAACAUCGACUUUGGAGCUGUUGUCUCCAACGUUGACAUUGAAAACCUCACCGAUGCCGACUUUGACGUAAUCCGUGACGCCCUGUUCCACCACCAGGUCCUUGUUUUCAAGAAUCAGGGCCACGCCUCGCCCAAGGCGCAGUACGAGAUCACCCAGAAGUUCGACCCCGAGGCGGGCGGUUCAUACGGCCACGGCAAGACUCUGGACGCUAAGCGCUCGAUUCUGCACCCGGACCUCAAGACCAUUCCUCAUCAGCCCCAGGUCCAGGUCAUCGGAAACGGCUUCGUGGAAGAAUACGAGGGCUUGAAGAACAUCCAGCUUCGCCACCCUCACCACCGCACUUUCCAUGCGACCACGAUCCCCGAUGAGAAGGACCUCGACUACACCCGCUUCUACCGAUGGCACAUCGACGCGGCCCUGUAUGGCCUCGCCCCACCAGUUGUGACCUCUCUGCUUGCAGUCAAAGUCCCUGGCGGUCGCAAGCAAACCCUCGUCUACGAUGACAACUCUGGCGAGGAGAUGACUGUUCCCCUUGGCACUACAGCCUUUGUCUCUGGCUAUGCCAUGUACGACAGGCUCUCUCCUGAAGACCAGGAGUUUGUUCGCACCACCAAAGUCGAGUAUGCUCCUCAUCCGUAUGUUUGGAUGAGCGGCGCCAAGUCCCGCUCCGAUGGUCUCGGCCUUGUGUCCGAGGGCAAGGAAGUUUCGCUCGACAGCUUGCCACCCAUCGAGGAGGAGAAGAUCCAGAUCCUGCCCAUGUGCUGGCGCAACCCAGUCACCGGUCGCCUGGCUCUUCAAGUCCAUCCUUCCGCCAUUCGCAAGCUGCAUCUUGCCGACGGCACUGUCAUCGACGAUCUUGAGAAGGUGCGCGAGAUGGUCCACGACCUUCAGAGGCCGGGCAUUGGCCCCAAGAUGGUCUACCCUCACGAUUGGGAGCAGGGUGACUUUGUCAUGUUCCACAACCGAGGCCUGAUCCAUUCCGUGGUCGGAGCGUUUGCUGAAGAUGAGGUUCGCCUUUUCCGCCAGUGCAACAUUGCUGGUAGCAAACUGCCUGAGGGGCCGAUCCAAGUCGGUGUUGCGGCCUAAACUGUCUUGUACCUGGUUGGAGUAGGGUUAGGAAAUGCGUGCGUUUGCUUUGGGCUGUCUGGUCAGAAUUAGAUUGUAAU